AAGACGAUGUAUGUAUGGCGGGGAUGGUGACCAAUAAUCUACUUAUUGUCUGUAAUUAAUCGUCUACAUCUCCGAUUAAUUAUUUUAGAGGCUUAAGUAUCACGACAGCCACAUGUUGUUUUCAGUCUACAUCUCAUUUGGCAUUCUGUAUACUUCGGGCCUUUACUACAAGAGCACUGUUCUAGGACGGUACCAGAUUCCAGUCGAAGAAGGUAUUCGGGUGAUAUUUUUGUUAAGACUGUGUGAUCUGUGUUUCUACCGACAAGGAAUAUUUGAUUAAAAUUUCAAGGUUCGUGUGGUUGUACUUACUAGACACCAGUAUGCGUACGUCUGAUUGGACCAACAACCACUCUAAUGUGGCUAACUACAUGUUUUUGAUGCAGUCUAGUAAUUAUACGGUGUCUGCAUCAGAUGAGCAUUAUUUAGUUCGUAUAACAUUAACAGGGUGUGGUUUAUCAUUAGUUGGUUGUAUUAUCUGUUUAUUUCUUAUUUGUUUCUUACCACGACAAAAAGGAGACGGACCGUUUAUUGUAGCUAAUUUAUGUUCAGCUUUGUUGACAGCUCAGUUGGCUUUUAUUGGUGCCGAGAAUGCCUAUCCGACUAGAACAUGGUGUAAAGGAGCGACAGCGGUACUACAUUAUUUAUAUCUUACCAUACAUUUCUGGUCCUUGUGUUUCUCACUCCAUCUCAUGAUGAAGUUGUUGGGAAUAUUACAAACAGAGAAGUCCAAACGUCGUUUAAUGUUGAUGUGUAUUGGUUGGUUUCUACCUACUAUAAUAGUUGGUAUGACGGCUGUAUUACGUGGAGACACAUACGGUAAAGAUCAGCUUUGUUGGUUGACGGCAGAGAAGAACACAAGAUUAGCUUUCCUGGGACCAGUGUAUUUUAUCAUGACUGUGAAUUUUAUUGUAACGAUUAUUAUGUUUAUCGCUAGAUUGGCCCAUGACAGCAGAAAACAUGUUCCUCUUUUCAAACGGCUUCGACACCAGUUGAUGACGUUUAUAACCCUGGUACCAGUAUUAAGUUUAACCUGGGUAUUUGGUUUAUCACCUGCCAGUAACAUGGUUUCACAGUAUCUCUUUGUUAUCAUCAACUCAUCGCAGGGACUGUGGAUUCUUCUUGGUCACAUGAUGUUCAGUACACCAAUCAAAGCCCUCCUACUUACAAAGGUCAUGGGAGAACAGCCCAAACCAAAGAAGAAGGAAGCCGAAGACAGCGAAUCCAGUGACGAGGUCAGCGAGGAUUUGACUGCCACUUCAGAUCUUGGUCCAAAUUUAGAAAAUGAAAAAAAGACGGCCGUUCUUCAGUACAACUGUCCUGCCGAGAACGUCGUACGUAAACCAUCCACCAGACGGUCACAUCAAGUUCCCGCCUUCCACGCAGAACUGAGCGAUUCUUCUGGAGGACGAAACAAGGAACAAGAUCUCGGCGACGGAACCACCACAGCAUAAUAGGCAACACGAGAGAAUGUUUAUUUACUCCCACUCGGCAAACCUCAGCAGAUUCAUAGCCUCGGCUGCAUGACGAAGUACGCCAUUGGAACUACUUUCAAGUUCCCAGAUUACCAACGGCGUUGCCCAUGACGACGCCUUUGAAGAAUGUUCUAUCAUACGAAUAUUUCGAAGUCUGAAGCUGUUUUUCUUUCAAGUUUAUCCGAUUUUCUUCAAACAAGAUCAACUUAACACUAAAACUUCUACACACGCUUCGAACGACGCAAUUUUGAUAACUUCUUUUUAAAAGCGGCAAGUUUACCUAAUAAGUAAAUCGGUGCCGCAUCGCAAUUGUAUAGGCGUAGGUAUAUAUCACUUACCGUCAUACAGCCGAGGCUAGAUGUAGAGUAACGGAAUCUGUCGAGGCUUGCCUAGUGUAUUUACCGCAACAUCCAGUGUGUAUUAAACUAUAAUAUCUAUAAUUUUAAAAUGAUGAAACAUCCUCUUCUUUCAACACGAAAGAUUAUAUACACGUCACAAUUCUAUGGAAUACAAUUACUGCUUAUCACUGAGCGACUUUUGGACCUAUAGGCUACUCUAGUCAUUAUCUAUGACGUGGGGUUUGAGUCAAAAGUCAGUGCUAUGUUGUCAGUGUUUUUACAAUUCCAAUGUUGCAGAUGUUGAAUCUUACGUGUAAAUUGAACCAAGUAUGCCAGUAUGCAAAUUUGUUCACACGGCACCCUUUUUAAUCACGUGAGAUCUCGCGUGCAGAAAAAACAUUUUCAUGGAAUUAAUGACGUAUAUAGUACCUACAUAGAAAUAUAUAAUUUACAUACUGGCUGAUUUCGUGUUCUAUGUGAAGUGUUACUAUACGCAAGACAUAUGUACAAUACUUAGUGCGAGUCGUCAAAUAAGAAAAUGCCAGAGUUUAAAGUUCUGGGUAGAUGGAGUUAGGCGUGUUGUGGGAAUUUUGAAAAGUCUAAUGUGAAAUGUUAAAUGACAAAAAGUAGAUGUCAAUUUACACGAUGUAAUAGAGCUAAAUUCUUUAUGCACAAAACAAAGAAAAACCUUUGUAUUUGUUAGUUUUACAAGAUUUUUUUUACAUUUGACUGGUUUCAAUUUACACUAACAUUUAACAUUUGCAACAUUGGAGAUGUAAAAGCACUAACAACAUAGCACUGAUUUUUGACUCAAAUCCUCAGUCAUAAUUAUCAAGCAAUGAUAAAAUAUGAAAUAUAACAAUGUAUACAUGUAAACAACCAAUAAACUUGUUUAAAAUACAGAUGUGACGUCACCCUUUGAUGUUGGCGUACCAUUAUUUCAAAUAAUCGUACGGGCAACUUGCCAAUCGUACCUUGUCAAAUAUUAGACUCGAGUGACGUAUUUCACUGUAAACGCACGUGCGGAGUGUCUGUAUUUUAAGAUGUUUAAUGGUCUCGAGCUGAGACAUUGCGUAAUAUAUUGUAAAAACACUCGGACCUGACGGUCCUCUUGUUGUUACAAUAUAUUACUUAAUGUCUCGCUCUCGACCAUUAAACAAUA